UACGGUUGGUUCGAAAUUAAAUGCAACGUGUAUGAAAUCCCACUUAAUUCAGAGGAAACACGGACGAAAUCCCUCUUCAUAACAUUUAUUUUGAAAUUCCACACAGGAACUGACGUGCGUCGCUUCGACCGCCUUGACGCGCUGUGGGAGAGUCACUGAGGACGGUGGGAGGAAGCCAACUUGGAAACACCGCGGAGCGAAACUCCUCUUGUUCAGCACUCAACUGGUCCGGCGGUCGGCGGCUCAGGACGCACGCAGACGGCGGCAACGCAGACCGGGUUUGUAAAUGAACCUCUGCGGCCUACAUUCACACCAACCGUCCGUCCCGUAAACCACCUGGAAGUUUAAACCUCGCCUCAAACUUUCGGCGGGGGGGCUCCUCAGUCUAAGUCGUUAAGUCGUUUUGUCUGGCUGGCCCGUGAACCGAAGCGUCCCUCUCCACAUGUGUCUGCCUCCUUCCUGUUAGUCUCCAAAACAACCAGGUGAGCACACAGGCCGUCUGGCUCACCCCCGGGGACCUGCGCAGGUAACGGUGUUGGUUUACCUGUACGCACACGGUGACGCACGGAUUCCCUUUUCGCCCAACGGCUCUUUCGCAAGCCGCCGGAGAGCAGCACCGGGCGGCCGCCGUGCAGCACGACGGUCGUGGAUCUACCAGGAGCUGGGAGCGAGACCCGGCGGAGGGAGGGCAGGAGAACCCCCGCGGUGAUGAACAGGAGAGGACCAGCGGUCGACACGAUGUUCGCCGUCGGUGUUAUCUUCCUCCAAGUUCUGUCCAUCCAGGCUGAAUCCUUCCACUUCACCAAGGAGCCCAAGUCCCAGGAUGCCUUGCAUGGCCGCAGUGCCAUGCUACGCUGCGAGGUCAGCGAUCCAACUGACAUCACUUACCGCUGGCUCCACGAAGGCCAGCGCCUGGAAAACGACGACAGGCGCUUCCAGGAGAGCAGCAACCUCAAGUUUACUGCCGUGGAUCGGCGGCUGGACGCGGGGAGCUUCGAGUGCAUUGCAGAGAAAACGGUCACGGGGGAGAUACUCUACUCCACGAACGCCUCUUUCAAUAUCAAGUGGUUAGAGAGUGGUGGUGUGACUCUGAAGGAGCCCACCUCAGAGGGGGAUAUCGAGAGCUCUGCGCCAGUCACGUUGCGCUGUCAUAUUGACGGACACCCACGGCCGACAUGCCAGUGGUUCAAGGACGGGGUGAAGCUGACAGAGAAGAGCCAUCAGAUCAACAACAAGGAGAGAACGCUCACCUUCAAGAGCGCCAGUCCGGACGACAACGGCCUGUACUACUGCUGCGCCAAGAAUGCAGCCGGGCAUGUCUGCAGCAACAGCAAUUUCACACUCAACAUUAUAGAUAAGAGUUUUCCGAGGCCGGUGGUGACUCCGGAGAGCCAGGUGGUGUUGAGGAACGAGGAGGCCGCGCUCCACUGCCAGUUCACCGCCGAACCACUCCCAACACUGGAGUGGUAUCAUGAAAAUGAGCUGCUGGCAAACAAGACUCGUGUGGUCCUGCUCUCAAACGGCACACUGCUGAUCACCCAGGUCAAGCCCAGGAAUACAGGGACUUACAAGUGUGUUGGCCGUGGCCUCAGAGGGUCCCAUGUUACUCUGGAGGCCUCCUUACUCAUAGCAGAGAUCGAGGACAUGGUACCCAAGAUGUCGAAGGUUUUCACAGCAGACUCCCUGCAGCGAGUGGCCUGUCGACCCCCACGCGGCAGACCUGAGCCAGAGGUUUGGUGGGAGAGAGGAGGUCAGCGGGUGCCCACAGAGGGCAGAGUGUACCAGGAGGACCGGGAUCUGGUCUUCAGUCCCACAGAGAGCGGUGAUUCAGGCAUCUUCACCUGUGUGGCCCAGAACAAGGCAGGACGCAGGACACAGGAGUUCACCUUCACUGUGGCCACUCCCCCAGUGUGGGUGAUGAGGCCUCAGGACAGCUACUUAGAGGAGGGUAAACCAGGUUAUCUUCACUGUCACGCUCAGGCCGACCCUGAACCUGAGGUCACCUGGUACCGCAACAGCAUCAUGAUCACACCAGAAGAUUCUCGUUUUAAACUGUUCAAUAACGGCACCCUCAGGAUCAACAAUGUGGAGGUGUACGACGGACAGCUGUACAGCUGUGAAACCAAGACCGCAGGCGGUCGACUGUCUGGCCAAGCUAAAGUUACUGUGCUCGAGAAGCUGAAGUUUACCCCGAACCCCCAGCCUGUUCAGUGCCUGGAGCUGGAUAACGAGAUCACCAUCCAGUGCUCAGCUAAAGGCAGGGAGAGCCCCACUGUCCGUUGGACCAAAGCAGACGGAGGAGAGCUACCGCCCCAUGUCGAGCAGAGGAAUGGCCAGCUCCACUUCACUAAAGUCACCCGCAGCGACGCCGGCAACUACACGUGCAUCGCCUCCAACAGCCUGCAGGGGGAGAUCAGAGCCCUGGUGACCCUCACUGUGGCCGUGUACAUUGAGUUUAAGGUGGAGCCAGAGUACACUACAGUGUACCAAGGACACACAGCUGUCCUGCACUGUCAGGCCACCGGCGACCCGGAGCCGCACAUUCAUUGGAUGGACAAAGACAAGAAGCUGGACAUCAGUAAGAACAGGAGGUUCCAGAAGAUGCCCAAUGGCACGUUAGUGAUCAAAGAUGUCACUACUGAUGACACCGGUAAAUACACAUGCGUGGCCGGAAACAGCUGUAGCAUCAAAGACCGCGUGGCUCAGCUAUUUGUCGUGGACAAACCAAUGCCUGCCUUUGAAGACGAAACGGACAGGGCUCCUUAUAAGAUGAUCCAAACCAUCGGACUGUCUGUGGGAGCGGCUGUGGCUUACAUCAUCGUGGUGCUGGGACUCAUGUUCUACUGCAAGAAGAGACGCAACGCCAAAAGACUGCAGAAGGGCCAGGACGGAGAGGAGCCUGAGAUGGAGUGUCUCAAUGGUGGGGCUGUUCAACAAAAUGGCCACACCACCACUGAGAUCCAGGAAGAGGUGGCACUCACUAACAUGGGUACCAUGGCAACAACCGAGAAACGCCACAGCCAUGUCAACAAUGAUAAACUCCACUUUCCUCGAGCAAAUCUGCAAACCAUCACUACUUUAGGUAAAGGGGAGUUUGGCGAGGUGCUGCUGUGCAAAGCUAAGGGUAUCGAGGAGAGCGAGGAAGAGACGGUCGUGUUGGUGAAGAGCUUGCAGACCAGAGACGAACAACUCCAGCUCGACUUCCGCCGCGAAGCUGAAAUGUUCGCCAAGCUCAGCCACCCCAACGUUGUCCGCCUGUUGGGCCUGUGUAGGGAGGCAGAGCCCCACUACAUGAUCCUCGAGUACUAUGACCUGGGAGACCUGAAGCAGUUCCUCAGAAUUUCCAAAAGCAAAGAUGACAAGAUCAAGUCUCAGCCUAUCAGCACCAAGACCAAAGUUUCUAUCUGUGCCCAGGUGGCUCGUGGGAUGGAGCAUCUUUCCAAUCACCGUUUUGUUCACAAAGACCUCGCUGCCCGGAACUGCCUGAUCAACAGUCAGAGGCGUGUCAAGGUGUCGUCACUCAGCCUCAGCAAGGACGUCUACAAUAGUGAGUACUUCCACUAUAGACAGGCAUGGAUCCCACUGCGCUGGCUCCCAUCAGAGUCUGUGUUUGAAGACGACUUCUCUACCAAGUCUGACGUGUGGGCCUUUGGAGUGUUGAUGUGGGAAGUGUUCAGUCACGGGGAAAUGCCAUAUACCAAACUCAGCGACGAUGAGACACUAGAAGCUCUGCAGGGAGGGAAGCUGAAGCUGCCCGUUCCAGAUGGAUGUCCCUCAAAAAUCUACAAGCUCAUGGCCCGCUGCUGGGCACUAAGCCUCAAAGAGCGUCCCUCCUUCACUGAAAUCGUGCACGCCCUUGGAGAGUUGCCCUCUGACAGCAAAGUCUGAGAUGGCCACAACCACACGUCAGAGGGGAACUUUACCCGAACCCUUCCCCCAAAACAAAGACAAGAAUGCUGGAUUAUUAGUCUCUCACAUUUCAGGGAAGAGGGUUGGGGAGAAAACAUUUUUUUAAUAUGCAUUUCAAACAGAGGGUGUGUGGAUCCGACUUCUUUGCUCUAUCAGCGGAAACACACUCACGUCUGUGUGAAUGGCUUCUUGUGAGCAGUGCCAGGAGUUUACGUUUGCCUUAACUGCAGCAUGGAUGACCCCCCUCUCCUCCUUUGAGCCCCAGUCUGUGGUUCCACUGUGACCCUGCCAGCCUGUCUGCGGCCGCUCUGUCCCAGAAACACUUUGUGUCACGGAGCCUCACAACCUUAGUGCCUCUCCCCCCUCUGCACACACACUCAACCAGACCUUCAACUGCUUUGCGGGGAUGCUGGAUAUAGUGCUUUUCACUGGCAGAGAUCAAUAGCGAAAGAAAACCAGAGAGAAUUUUGAAGGAACGUUGGAAAUCACGUGUCAUCAGUGGAGCAGUGAAUCUUCUUAAAUAACCUAUCAACAGCUCAGUCUGUUAGAGUCAGAUCAGCUGCAUCCCGAGUUCGCCACCCUGAUCCUGGAGGAGAGACCGAGCUACUCUGUUCACCACCAUCCUCCAAAGUGUGUGCGUGUGUGCCCCCCGAACUGCCCCUAUGCUCCAGUGUAUGUUCAAAGAAGAAGUGGAAUGAGGUUUGCAUGAAGGUUCACUGUCUGUUACGCUUUGCAACAUGAGGAGACUUGUUGAAAAAGUAAUCCGUGUUACGGUAACACUUCAGGAACAUAACAAAAGAUCAACUUUAUAGCCAAGGAUUAUAUUGAAUAGAUGAGAUUGUGCCAGUGUGGGCUUUGUACGUUUUUUUUUAAGAGUGUGUGGUUUGUUCUUGUAUUAACUUUUGAGGUGCUUAUCAGUCGCUACCUAUGGGUAAGACUACCCAUUAUACCACAUUAACAUUAUCAUGUUAUCUCAGUUGCAGGGAUGCAGCCUAUCACUUUGUGUAACCUGCAACGUAAUUUCUCCAGAGGUCCAAUCACAGUUCCCCUUAUGGUCCAUUUGUUUUGUGCAAUGCUGCGACAUGGACCAUCAGACCAGGCAGCAAUGUGUACAUAAUGUAGAAGCCAUGCACUAACUUCACUUAAAAGAAUACCCUCUUUGUCUCUAUCAUGCUGUGUAGUAGGACAUGCAAGGCCUGUUUAUUUAUGAUGAAGGUCCUGUCUUUUUUUAACUGUUUAUAAUAGGAAGGUACUUCUCUGAUGUAUUCAUUCUCACGGUCCAUCUCAACGUGUCUUCAGCCUGGUAAACUGCUGAAUAUUCUAACACAACAUACAAAGGAGGUAAAAAAAGAGUGACUGCUGGUCACCAGUACUCAUUUAAGUGCCUGGUAAAUGAAGGAUUAUGUCUCCCUCUUUUUUUUUUUGAAUUUUUUUUUUACAUUAUCUAAUCAAAUGCAAUGGCCUUUUGUUUAUGAACUUGUUUUUUAUACAUUGUUUUUAGUGUAAUGUUUUGGUUUUUAUGAAUGCUAGGCACUCACACCUAGUCGUCUUUUUUAAUCAGCUUCAGCAAAUGUUCACAGUAAUCACAGAUAUAUACAAAAGUAUACAUGCUGCUGUCAAUAAAGGUUCACAGUGUUUUUACCCGA